AUGUCAUCUCUACCAAGGAGGGCGAAAUCUGAAGCCAAAGCCCUUACAUCAGAAGAACUACCUUCAUUUCUUGAUUCCUCUCAAUCGGAGGAGGAGGAGGAGGAGGAAUGGGAGCCAGAAAGCAAAAUCACCAAGAGACCUCAUUUGCCAAAGAAAAAUGAGGAAAAAGCUAAAAAGGCUGCUGCUCCACGGUCAGCUGUGGCCAGGAAAAUGGUCAGGAAGGUAGCAAUAAAAAAAGAAAUGGAUACAUCCUUGCCUAUUUCAUCCAUAGAAGAUAAAAGAGUGCAGGGUCUAAAACCUAAGGAAGAAGGUGUAGGCACUAAACCAAGAACUUUAAAUCCGAAGCCAGAAGUGCCUAAAAAAAUGGAAAUGAAUUCAUUCCAAGGGAAGAAUGAAAGGCGUUUAUGGAGUGAUGAAGGACCCUCAACAAGUGUUGCUAUAGUAGGAAAUCAAGUGAAACAAGAGAAACCUGAGGAGAAUUUUGCAUUUGAUGAACCACCUACUAAAAUGAUUAAGUCAGCUGCUUAUCCUGAAGGAAAGCCAGUUAAAAAUCUAGGAGGCAAGAAAAUAAAAGAAGAAUAUGAAAUGAACUGGGAUAUUGUAGAGGCCUUGUCAGAAAUAACAAAUGUUGAUCCAUGGGUAUGUGCCAACUUAAUUCAGCUCUUUCAAGAAGAAAACACAAUUCCUUUUAUCGCUCGGUAUCGAAAAGAGCUCAUCAAUAAUCUGGAGGCCGAUACCUUGCGAGAAGUGCAGCAAACACUGGAAGAGCUACGUACUGUUGCAAAGAAGACACAUACAACGAUACAGAAGUUGAAGAAAGAAGGGAAAUUAUCCAGUUGCCUUUUAAAAACAUUAUUAAAUUGCAGAACUUUGGAAGAAUUAGACCAUGUGUCUACACCUUAUAAAACAGGGAGUAAAGGCACCAAAGCCCAGAGGGCCAGGCAGCUGGGAUUAGAACCUGCUGCUCUCUCCCUUCUGCAGAAUCCCAUGGAACUCAAUCUCUUUUCUUACAUUAGACCCAAUACCAAAGGGCUUGAAAAUGUCAAGGAAGUAGAGGCUGGAGUACAGCAUAUUUUAGCUGACAUCUUUGCUAAAGAUAAAGAUACGCUGGACUUUGUCAGGAAAUUAUGUCAACAACGGUACAUUUCUAUCCAGUCAACCUUGACAAAAGUGUCAGCCAGAAGUGGAAAUGAAAAAGAUAUUGAUAAGUUUCAACUGUACCAUGAGUUUUCUUGUAAUAUAAAGAGCAUUCAGCAUCAUCAGAUUCUGGCCAUUAACCGAGGGGAAAAUCUGAAGAUCCUGACAGUGAAGGUCAACAUUCCUGACGGGGUGAAGAAUGAAUUCUGUUGGUGGUGUGUCAAUGAAAGAUGGAAACCAAAGCAAUUUUUAAGACCAGAAUUUAUGAGAAUACUACGGAAUUCAGUAGAGGAUGCAUAUAAACGCCUUAUAUGUCCUCUUCUCUGUAGAGAAUUCAGAUCCAAGUUGACAUCUGAUGCAGAGAAAGAGUCUGUGAUGAUGUUUGGGAGAAAUCUCCGGCAGUUGCUUCUGACCAGCCCUGUAAGGGGCCGUACUUUGAUGGGAGUAGAUCCUGGCUACAAGCAUGGCUGCAAGUUGGCAAUUAUUUCACCAACCAGUCAGAUACUGCAUACCGAUGUAGUUUACCUGCAUUCCGGUCAAGGAUCUCGUGAAGCUGAGAAGAUAAAGAAGCUUCUGCUACACUACAACUGUAGCACUGUUGUGAUUGGCAAUGGCAAGGCCUGCAGAGAAACAGAAGCUUACUUUGCUGACUUAAUUAUGAAGAAAUAUUUUGCUCCACUGGAUGUUGUUUACUGCAUUGUCAGUGAAGCAGGAGCAUCGAUCUACAGUGUCAGCCCAGAAGCAUGCAAGGAAAUGCCAGACCUAGACCCUAACCUCAGAAGUGCAGUUUCCAUAGCUAGACGAGUCCAAGACCCAUUAGCUGAGCUAGUGAAAAUUGAGCCCAAACACAUAGGAGUUGGAAUGUAUCAGAGAGAACAGUCACUUGCUGGCGUCUCAGAAAGCAGGCAUAGAAAAAAGCUGUUGUGUUAUACAGGGAGUCCCAGAGUAAUAGCUGAUAUAAUCCCUCAGAUAAAGAGUAUAUCAGUAUCUCCACUGUUUAACACAUUUGGAAAAUUAGCAUUCCAAAAGGAUGUAAGAGGUAAUAUAUGUAGUUCUGUAACCUCUGAAGUGGGAGGAUGCUUGAUUACAGAGGUAUCUGGAACAUUUUGA